UCCUUGCAGAGGAACAAUAUUUUUUCUUUUGCUCGUUCUCAUGAAUUUCCCUUCCGUCAUAUGUUAUUACAGAGCGUCUAAAUGCAAUAAUGCUUCAACUUACACAGAUCAGAGCGCACCUCAAAAUUCAGGGUUCAACACGUCUUCCCAUGGGCAAUUUCCCAGUAAAGUCUACGGCCUUUUCCAGUGUAUUGGGAAUCUAUCAGCAACGGCAUGCUCAAAUUGCUCGAGGCAAGCAAAUGACAGUAUUAAAGAACUCUGCGCCAACGACAUAGGUGGGCGAGUGUGGAUGGAUGGUUGCUUCUUGCGCUAUGAAAACUACAAUUUCACUACAAUAUUAGAUACCAACUGGUCUGGCCUAGCGAACGUGAAUGAUGUCACAAUCAAUAAGCAACGUUUCGUGUCCACGACCUCAAGUCUUCUGUCCAAUUUGUCUGAUAAAGCUUACAUCCCUGCAAAUAAGUAUCUCGCAGUUGGAUCGGCUAAAUACUCAACUUCGAAUAAGACAUAUGGUUUAGUUCAGUGCUGGAGAGAUUUAUCCAUCAAGGAUUGCAGAUCCUGUUUGGUUCAAGCAAGGAAGGUAUGGCAGCAGUGCUGUUCUUCAAAGCAAGGAGUUCAAAUUAUGUCGGGAAGCUGCACAGUGAGAUAUGAGUUAUACCGAUUUUAUGACUCCGCUGAUGGAUCACGCUCAUUGUCACCCUCACCCUCCCCCGAUCGAGGCUUCAUCACCACCUCCCACAACUUCAACAAUACCCCAAACAGGCCCUCCGCCGGUAGCCCACGGUCCUGCUAAGGCAAUUUUCCAGGCGAAAUAAAGUAGUAUCUCUGCCCACUUAAUUAAUUUGAAUCUUUCCUCAAUUUUUCUCUUGAAUAUGUUUGUUAGAUAGAUAGGGUUAUCUUGGGUAGAUACUUUUAAGGAUUCGACGUCUCAAUUUCAUUAGAUAACGAUAAAUAUGUGCUCUACAGAGAAAUCCUCAAAAACAUUACCCAUUAUAAUGGGGCUUGUG